AUGAGUGGUACACCGUGGGUAAUAACUGAAGCAGAAAUGCGAGAAAAUGAUAUCCAAUUCUCGUCUCUUAAUCCAGUAAAUGGAUUCGUUUCCGGUGAACAGGCACGACCCUUAUUCAUGAAAUCUGGUCUUCCACCAGCAGUUCUGGCUCAGGUGUGGCAUUUGGCUGAUUACAACAAGGAUGGUAAGAUGGACCGAAUUGAGUUUUCGAUUGCCAUGCAUUUGAUUCGUGCGGUAUUAGCUGGUGCAACGUUACCACCAACUCUUCCGGUCUCCUUAAAGCCUCCGAUGGUAAUAACCCCAUCACUUCCCCCACUGAUCACUCAAACGCCAAUGGUUAGGCCAGUGAUGACUUAUAGCGGAGGCCCACCAGCUGUAGCGCAAAAUUUGAUGACUUCUGGGAAGAUACAAGGUGACUGGACAAUACCGCAUCAUAACAAAUUGAAAUAUUGUCAGCAAUUUAAUCAGCUUGACAAAACCAGAAUUGGAUCACUCAGUGGUGUCCAUGCAAGAAAUAUUUUGGCACAAAGCCAGUUGCCGAAUUCCGUCUUAGCUGAAAUUUGGAAUUUAUCAGAUUAUAAUAAGGAUGGACGGCUUAGCGUAGAAGAAUUUUGUGUUGCCAUGCAUCUGAUUGAUUCAGUCAAGGCCGGUUAUUUGCUUCCAAAAACUUUACCAUCUGAGUUAGCAACUCACUGUUCACACAAACGCCGUGAUAAUUAUGAUCGUGGGCAGGCAGAAUUGGAUCGUCGUCGUCAGGCAUUACGUGAAGAGGAAGAGCGACGUCGUGCAGAAUUUGAAAAGAAAGAACGAGAAAUGGCAGAAAAGAGAGAGCGAGAAAGAGAGGAAGCUGAAAGGAAACGACAGGCUGAACGUGAAGCGGAGUUAGAACGUGAACAGAAACGCGAAGAAGCUCGUCUAGCGGAAGAAAGGCGUAUCUUGGCAGAAAAAGAGAAAGCUAGGAAAGAAAUGGAAAGGCAGCGAAAAGCUGAUUUGAAUGCUAUAAGAAUUCGAGAAAUCAAAGCACAACUUCAAAAUGAGGUGGACAACACCCUGGAACGACAACAGCGUCAGAAAAGUUUAUCCUUCCAACUUCAAGCUCUCGACGAAAAGGCAACAGAUUUGAACGUCAACAUUACACAAGCAAGAGAUCUAAUUGUUGGUAUUACAAAAGAAAUAGAAUCAAUGAAAAUCAAACGUGAUGAAAAAGCAGAAAAGAUUCGAUCACUGGAAAUAACGAAGCAACAAUUAAGCGUGCAGUAUGAACGACUGGCACACGAAAGUCUUCAAAUGCAGGUGGAAUGUCGUAAUAGAGCGCAAAAGGCCGAGGAUCUCGAACAGGCAAAAAAUGCAAAACAGUCCUUGACUGCUCAGUUAUCUGCUUUGAACAAGCAACUGAAGGAUGCAAAUGAACGAGCAAGGGUCCAGCAACAAUUGGUUACCAAAAAAGCAGAAGAAUUCAAUGAAUGUACCUUAAAAUUGACUCAGCUUUCAACGUUGCAUUCUCGGUUGUACGAACAGAUCAAAAAUUUAAAGCCGAAAGUAAAUACUAUAGUUUCUGGGCAAAAUGGUAAUGUACCGAAUGCUGUAACAACAUCUUUAUCGAAUCAUCCAGUUGACAAAUCUGCAUCAGUUGAUUCGAAAAGCGUGACUAAUGGAGCAAUGCAACAGUUUCCCGUACCCAAUAGUUCAUUGCCAAAAGGAAAUGGUGCUACUGGUGCAGUGAAAUAUCGUGCACUGUAUGAAUUCACCGCACGUUCAGAUGACGAGCUUAGCUUCCAACCAGGAGAUGUUAUCCUUGCAUUUGAAAAUCAUGCUGCGGAACCGGGCUGGUUAGCUGGACAGAUGCGCGACAAAGUGGGAUGGUUCCCCGUAGCAUUUGCCGAACCGAUGGUACCUGUCAGUGCUGUUCCUACGCAGCCGCCGCAAACAGUAUCAUCGGUUACAACUUCUCCAUCAAGUGAACCGUUGCAGAGCAUUGUAGAGGAACCGACCGCUUCUGUUGUUAAAUCAGGAUCUUUCGGUGCUUCGCCACCGGAGCAAGAAAAACAGUUACCAGUUCUGGGUGCAGCAGUUGCGUUGUAUCAGUGGAAGGCAAGAAAUGAUAAUGAGUUGAGUUUUUCGAAAGGCGAUACCAUCGAGAUUCUGGAACAACUGGAAAUGCGUUGGAAGGGUCGUAAUAAGUCUGGCUCAGUUGGCUGGUUCCCUAAGUCAUACGUGUCAAUGUCAGGUGGAGAUGCUAAGGUCGAUUUGAAGGACAAUUUAGCAAAAGAUCAAGUUGAAAAAUCAAAAGAAUCCGUCGGAAAAGAUGCUUCUGCACCUUCAUCUACACCCUCAGCUGCUCCAAUAUAUGAUGUUGUUACAGAAGCGCCGGUUGAAUCGACAUCUGGCGAAUGGUACGUGGCAUUAUAUGAUUUCCAAGCAAUGGAACCAACAGAUCUCGAUUUGCAUGCGGGUGAUCGUAUACUUGUUACGGAAGCGAUCAAUGAAUGGUGGAAAGGAACUUGUAAUGGGCGAGCCGGGAUUUUCCCUGCAAAUUAUGUGCAAAAAUGUCCGCCUUUGUCGGGCAGUAUAUCGCAGUCAGAAGGUGCAGACUUUGGUACAGGUAGAGCUAUUGCUGAUUUUGAAGCCACGGCGGACAACCAGUUAUCCCUGAAAGUUGGUGAUGUGGUAAAAAUCCAAAACAAAUCAUCUGGUUGGUGGCAAGGCGAGAUUGUUUCCGAUGGUGGAGCUAAAAAACGUGGUUGGUUCCCAGGUAAUUAUGUGGAAGUCUUGGGUGGAAAUGAAUUGAAAGCGGAAGCCUUAUAUGAUUACCAGGCGCAGCGUGAUGAUGAAUUAUCUUUUAAAGCCGGUGAUAUCCUAAUAGUUACUGAUCAGAGUGAUGGCGAGUGGUGGAAGGGACGUCUACUCAACGAUAACAGUAAUACUGAUGCACUCUUCCCGGGAAAUUACGUCCAGUUGCGCAAAAGUGUGCAAUCAAGCAACGAAGCAUCUCUAAAUCUAGUGACGUCAUUGUAUAGUCCAGUUGUUGCAACCACUGAUCAGUAUUCCACCGCUGCUUUUAAAUGUGAAAAAGUUGUAAAGGAAUUGUUGGAUACAGAAGUGAAAUACUCCCAUGAUCUAACACAGUGCUAUGAAGUAUUCUCUCAAGGGUUACAAGGCAUAAUUAGUACUAGUUUUGCAAGCCAAUUAUUUUUAAAUUUCAAACAGCUCAUUUUGGUAUCUACUUCUAUUGCUAAUGCACUUAAACGACAGUCACCUGGUGAUGUAUUUGUGGAAAAUUUUGAUUUACUUCGUGCUUAUGUUGAGUUUUGCUCGAAACAACAAGCAGCGUUGGAAAUGCUAAACGAACUUGAGCACAACAACGUUUCUUUUAGACAAGCGUAUCGUUCAUGUUGUAUAAAGACGAAAGGGAUAAACUUUAGUUACUUUUUGCUCUUACCAAUGAAUCGCAUUACUCGUUAUCCGUUAAUUUUUGAAAAGCUUGUCAGAUAUACGGAUCCGGGUGAUCCUAAACGCAAGAAUCUUGAAAAAGCGUACGAGAUGUUGAAGUCACUAUGCAUCGAAAUUAACGAUGUCAUUAGUGCGAUGGAUAGUUCCAGCAUGCUUAUUUGGGCCCAGCAACAUAUACAUUGUGAAGCUAUACAACCACCUAUUGUCUUCCCUUCUGCUACACGCAAAAUUGGACCGCGAUGUCUCCUACAUUCUGGAGCUUUACAGAAACAGUUAAAUGGGAAAAUAUUAGUUGCUCUGUUAUUCAAUGAUUUCUUGAUGCUAACAACACCUACAGAACCAAUCGAACAGCUGGAGGAGUUCAGGAUCUCCAAAACAACUGAAUUGCAAUUAAAUCUUUACAAGACACCUUUGUUAUUGGAAAAUGCUAAAAUUACGCAGAAUAAGGAAAUGGAUGACUGUUCGUUUGAAGUUCGCUCCGGUGAAUUUUCCGUAAUAUUGCGUGCACCAAAUCGAAAUGCUCGAUUAUUUUGGACUGCACAAAUUGAGAAAGCCAUUAACGAGUACCAUAAUCAGUGCCUACUGGCAAAGAAACCGUCGAUAUCUUGUGAUACAUCUGAACAAGGUCGACUUUUCGUGGAACUGGUCUGCAUACUAAACGUGGACAGUUCAUUAAGAUUACUGGGAACCCAGUCAAUACUGUGCAAAUUUCAAAUCGGUCAAUCGUCAACCUAUGCUGACGUUGAUAUAAACAAAAAGGAGCAUCUUUGUACGACACAAUUGCCUAUCUAUAAAACUGCUUAUGAUGAUUUUUUUGAAGUAGCAAUUUUCCUCAACCGAAUCUUUUCGCCAGAUCUUUGUGCAGGCAGCAGCAGAAUUGCAAUGGCCGAUCUGUUGACGGCUGCAACAAUGCAUCGUGGUCCAAUGUCGAAGCAGUUUGAUUGUGAGUCAGGCGAUAUAGCAAAUUUACGACCUCGUGUAAUUCUCAAAUUCGUUGUACAAUUAUUUUAUUGA